AUGCGAUGCGAGACGCUGAGAAAGCGGACGCCGGACGGAGGAGGGUGCAGGGUGGUUAUCGGAGAUGGGCGUAUCCUAGAAUUACAUUCACCUGAUGGUGUUCACGAAUGCUGGUUGAGAGCCGCUGACAACACGGAAGCGAACGUCUGGUUCAAUGCUUUGCACUCGGCGUUGGCAGCCCUCACCUUGAAAGCAUUACGACUGGCCUCAGCACUUCCAGAUCCCCAGCAGCUUCAGCACAUAGGCUGGUUGGCGAGGAGACACUGUCUUCAGAAUGGGCGAGCUAGUAGUGAGAGUAGCGAAGAUGGAGCCGGAAGUAGUGCAAGCACUUCGCGAGGAGCCGGGAGUGGAUUCGGCCUUGCCGCUGGAUGCACCGGCGGAUGGCGUAGUGUUUUUGGUGCAGUUUCAGGCCGGGAACUUAGAUUGUAUGAGUGUGCGCCUUGGAGUCCGGAAGCUUGGGCUUCGCCGAGCAUUACCUGUCCCCUUAUCGCAACACGACUGGUUUCCUCUCCAACGCGACAGAAUGAAGCAGCGAGCAGCAGUAGCGGUUCGACUCAACACGGGGCGACGUUCGCGGUCCGGGUUGGCACGAUGGACGGGGUAGUCACGCAUCAUUUACGAGCUGAAACACGAAGAGAUCUGGCGGCUUGGGCGCGGGCGAUCGUUCAAGGAUGCCACACGGCUGCUCAUUCCUUACGAGAAUACACUGUUCGUUGCACAUGGCAAGGUAAGGCCUGUCAGUUGGUUGUCAACCACGAAGAAGGUUUCGCGCUUUACUCCGCAGGAACGCGGGGUACUGCCGGGAACGGCGUAAGUCCUGGAUCACCACCCACGCCACUCUGGAGAAGAUCCUUCGACAAAUUGAAAAUGUCCGCGGACGACGGCGCUCGUCUUCUGUGGCUCGAUUUUGGAGGUGAAGAUGGCGAAAUUGAGUUAGAUUUGGAGAGUUGUCCAAAACCAAUCGUGUUCGUCCUGCACAACUUCCUUUCGGCGAAGAUUCAUCGGCUCGGUUUGAGUGCAUAGGGACACGAGGGGGCCCUCACAGAGGCCCCCGACUUGCCCCCUCACACUACGAGGUCUGUUACCAGCGUCUUUCUUCAUUGAACUCGAAAAUAAUCACAGUGAAAAAGAGAAAAUUAAUUUUUUUCUUCGAGAAUUCGAAGUAACAAAUAACAGAACCGAGACUUGAUGAGUCAAAAACAUCCUGAUGGAUAAGAAAUGUGAGGACUGUAAUCUUUGUCAAAAGUUUCGCAUCGCGUGCAGCAUCCUAUUCUAGUUGCGAAGCUUUGAAAUGUGGAAAAAAGAGAGAUUCGAAGUGAAACAGUAAUAGUAUAACAGUUUAGGAAUGAGUGAGA